AUCUCAUGAGGCUUUCCCACUCACAGCUCCCCUCCAACCUAAGAGUAACACAACCCUCAAGAGUCAGGCUUUCGUUGAAGUUAGAAGAUGGCCACCAUGUCAGAAAAAGUCGAAGCCGCGGGUGGUGACAUGGGCAAUCCUUUUGACGAUGGUAUUUUUGACGGGGUUAAGAGAAUAAUUGUUGGAAAAUCCCUCCUAAGUGUUUCUUAUAUCAAGAUUGAGUACGACAAGGACGGAGAUACUGAAAGCCGUGAACACGGGCAGUUUACCCGGAGGCAUAAAGAGUUUGCGGUGGAUUAUCCGGAUGAAUAUAUCACAGCUGUUGGUGGAACCCACCAAUCUGAUAUCAGGCAGAAAACAACGCUGAUCAGAUCUUUAUUCUUCAAAACCUCCCAUGGAAGGACAUCUUCUGACACACUCGGUCAUAAGAAGAGUCCUAUGAUACCAACUUUUGUAUCAACUGCAAUAUCAUCUGCAGUAUCACCUGUAGUAUCAUAUGAGACAGAUUUCUUGUUGGAGAGUAAAAACGGAGGAAAGCUUCUUGGAUUCCAUGGACGCGCUGGUCCCCUUCUUAAUGCCAUUGGACCUCACUUCUUUGCUUUCAAUUAUCCUCUUGCGCACUUUAACCUUGAAGGUGGGAAUGGUGGGGAUGCUUGGGACGAUGGUGCUUUUGAUGGUGUUAGAAAAGUAGUCGUUGGACGAAGUGGUAAGUUUGUCAGUUACGUUAGGUUUGAGUAUGCCAAAGGCCAAAGAAUCGUACCACAUAGUCAUGGGCAGAGAUAUGAAGCUCCACAAGAGUUUGUGGUGGAUUAUCCUAAUGAGUAUAUAACGUUAGUGGAGGGAACUACCGAUGGCAAGCUUACGUCGCUUAAGUUUACUACAUCAAAAGGAAGAACCUCCCCUGCCUUUGGGAAUGAGGAUGGUAGGAAAUUUGUGUUUGAGAGGACAGGUUUCAAGCUUGUCGGGUUUUGUGGUCGGUCCGGUAGUGUUAUUGAUGCUCUCGGUGCACAUUUUGCUCCUUUCCCUGCUUCCGUUCCCGCUCCAACUCUACCCUACUCCUUGUCUCCUCCCAACAGUGUGUCCAAAAUCUACAUUUCAGCUGGUUAUGGAGGGAUUGGGGAAUUAAAGUUUCAUAAUGUCGAAAACGGACAGACAAAGGAACGGUUUGUCCACGAUGUGAAGGGUAAAGAUAUCAUUUCAACGCUUGUGAUAAGCAAUCCUCCUAAGGAUCAUCUCGUUUCUCUCGAGAGUUGGUACGAUUCUUCACAUGUUUUUCAAGGAAUUAAGUUUAAAACCGACAAGGACGGUUCCGAUUCUUUGGGCUACAAAUUUUCUGAAGAUGACGGUACACCAUUUUCUGUCCAAAUAAAGGAUAAUAAGAUCAGGGGCUUUGAUAAGCUCCCUGACUCGAAUCUAAACUCUCCUGGAACUUAUUUUGUCCUAAAUGGUUCCUCCUCUUCUCCCAACAAAAUAGAAGCUGUAGGAGGAAUCGAUGGAGAAACAUUUGACGACGGUGCUUUUGAUAAUGUAAGAAAAGUUUAUGUUGGUCUAGGAGAUUCCUAUGUAGCUUACCUCAAGUUCGAAUACGAAACAAAAGACGGCAAAAGAGAGACACGCGAGCACGGAAAGAAGACAGUGUUUGGAACAGAGGUGUUCGAGGUUCCUAAAGACGAUUACAUCACAUCUGUUAAACUUAACUACAGUAGACUCUCGGGCUUGGAGACUGAAGUUAUAACGUCUGUUGCAUUCAAGACGUUCGGUGGCAUAACCUCUCCGUCCUUCGAGAGAGGUCAAGAGAAAGGACAGCCAUCAGCGAAUAUGUUCUUCCUCGAAGGCGGCAAAAUCAUCGGAUUCCAUGGAAGUUCCAGCGAUGUUCUUCAUUCUCUCGGAGCUUAUGUUUAUCGUUCUCCCACUCGGAUGUUGCGUGGCAAGUGGAUCGAGGUGAACCAAAAAGGGAAGGGUCUUAAACCUAGACCAAGAUGCUCGCACGCUAUAGCAAUGGUUGGAGACAAAAUGUACUCUUUUGGAGGAGAGAUAACGCCAAAUUUCCCCAUCGGUAAAGAUAAGGACCUGUACGUCUUCGAUCUCAGCACUCGCACGUGGUCAAUCGCUCCUCCAAACGGCGACGUUCCAGAACUCCCUUGCUUAGGCGUUGGCAUGGUAGCCAUCGGAACUACACUUUACGUCUUUGGUGGCCGCGAUAGCAACCGUAAUUACAACGGGUUCUAUUCGUACGACACGGUUAAGAGCGAGUGGAAACUCAUAACACCUGUUGAUAAAGGACCCGAACCGCGUAGCUUCUUCUCGAUGGCUGCUGAUGACGAAAACGUAUAUGUCUUUGGUGGAGUGAGUAAAACGGUUCGUCUCAACACACUUCAUGCUUACAACAUCAUCGAUCAAAAGUGGACAGAGAUUCCCAAUCCUGGGGAGUCUAGAGUAGCGAGAGGUGGAGCAGGGCUCGUAGUUGUGCAAGGGAAGAUUUGGGUUGUGUAUGGAUUCUGCGGUGAAGCAAUGGACGAUGUUCAUUGCUUCGAUCCAGUUGAAAGUAACUGGACUAAAAUGGAUACAAUCGGUGAAAAACCGUGGCCUAGAAGCGUGUUCGCCCUAGCUGUCGUGGGAAAAUAUAUAAUCAUAUCAGGAGGUGAGGUUGAGAUGGACCCACAGGCUCAUUUGGGUCCAGGGAAAUUGGACAGUGGUGCUUUUGUGUUGGACACUGAGAGUUUGUUGUGGGAGAAACUUGAGGAAGGUCACAGUCCGCGUGGAUGGUGUGCAUCCGCGACUGCGUCCCUGGAUGGGAAACAGGGGUUGUUGAUGUAUGGAGGGAAGGCUCCGACCAACGGUCGUUAUGAUGACAUCUUUUUCUAUGGUGUAGACUCUGCUUAAAACCUCUCGUUCUUGGUCAUUUUAAAAUUGUUGUCUGUUGCAUCAUGGGAUGGAUCGACUACAUCUUAGGUCUGUUUUGUUUGACUGAAAUAAAUUGAAUAAUAUGUGUAGAACUGAGUUUUUAAAUAAGUGUAGAACUGAAUUUUUAAAUAAUCAUGUGUUUGUAAACCGGGCAAUUUAAUAUUUAAA